CUGCUCUAGGAGGAUGCAAAACCCCUGACCUCUGGACAGUGCUGAUUGGGCCUGUGCUGAUCACAUGCAUUCUCCCAAGAAAAAAAAAAAACCUCUCUACCAAUACACACUAAACUGAACAUGUGUAGAAUGGCUAAGUGGUUCAGUCUGUCUUAUCAGGAGAAGAGGAGGAGCAGAGAAGACAGGAUCAAACUGCCCUUUUACACAAUGCAGAGGAUUAACCCCUGGUCCAUAGGGCAU